GAGAAGGGUGUAGCUAUCAGUUCUGUGGAUCUGGCGGACUCUCACCUGCAGCUCUCCCCAUCCAAAACAUGCAGCCCGAGGACAAGGAGCCUCCCCCCAAACCAGCGGCCAACGAGAACACCAGCUUGGUGCACGGGCCCGGGGAUAAAAAGAUGACGCUCCGGCUGAUGGUCGCGGUGGGAGUUGCAGUCAUGGGUUCUCUACAGUUUGGAUACAAUACAGGGGUGAUCAACGCACCACAGGAGGUGAUUGAAAAAUUUUACAAUGAAACCUGGAUUUCCCGGUACAAUGUGCCCAUCGAAUCCACCACGCUCACCUCGCUGUGGUCUUUGUCCGUGGCCAUUUUCUCCGUGGGCGGCAUGAUUGGUUCGUUUUCCGUAGGACUGUUUGUGAACCGGCUUGGCAGGCGUAAUUCCAUGUUACUGGCCAACGUAUUUGCCUUCAUUGCUGCUAUAUUGAUGGGCUUCUCCAAGAUGGCUUUAUCAUUUGAGAUGCUGAUCGCUGGCCGUUUCAUCAUUGGCCUUUACUGUGGUCUCACCACUGGAUUUGUGCCCAUGUACGUUGGCGAGGUGGCACCUACAGCUCUCAGAGGAGCUCUGGGGACCCUACACCAGCUGGGUGUGGUAGUCGGGAUUCUUGUAGCCCAGAUCUUUGGCCUCGAGCCGAUCAUGGGUAACGCCACACUGUGGCCCCUGCUGUUGGGCUGCAUUUUCAUCCCAGCACUGAUCCAGUGUGUGGUCCUCCCGUUCUGUCCCGAGAGCCCUCGCUUCCUGCUCAUCAACCGCAACGAGGAAGACAAGGCAAAAAGUGUUCUGAAGAAGCUUCGCGGCACCACGGAUGUAAGCGCUGACCUGCAGGAAAUGAAGGAGGAAAGUAGGCAGAUGAUGCGGGAAAAGAAAGUGACUAUUCUGGAACUGUUCCGGUCGCCGUUAUAUCGCCAGCCGAUCUUCAUAGCCAUUAUCCUGCAGCUUUCCCAGCAGCUUUCUGGAAUCAAUGCGGUUUUCUAUUACUCCACUAUGAUAUUCCAAAAGGCUCAAGUUCCGCAGCCAAUCUACGCGACCAUUGGCGCUGGGAUCGUGAACACGGCAUUCACAGUUGUGUCGUUGUUUGUUGUGGAACGCGCCGGCCGCCGCACCCUGCAUCUCACGGGUUUGGCUGGUAUGGCCGGCUGUGCCGUACUGAUGACCAUCGCCCUGGCUCUUUUGGAUCGUGUGAACGGCAUGUCCUACCUCAGCAUCGUUGCAAUCUUCGGCUUUGUGGCCUUUUUCGAGAUUGGACCCGGACCGAUUCCUUGGUUCAUCGUUGCCGAGCUCUUUAGUCAGGGCCCUCGACCUGCGGCCAUCGCUGUUGCUGGACUUUCCAACUGGACAGCAAACUUCAUAGUGGGAAUGGGCUUUCAGUAUGUGGAGAAACUCUGUGGUGCCUACGUCUUCAUCAUAUUUACGGUGCUGCUCAUCUUCUUCUUCAUCUUCACCUUCUUCAAGGUGCCUGAAACCAAAGGCCGUACCUUCGAUGAGAUUGCCUCAGAUUUCCGGCAGGGUAAUGAAAGCCAGCCGGACAAACAGUCUUCCCCCGAGGAAUUCCGCAGUCUCGGGGCAGACUCUCAAGUUUAACGUUUUGCUCUGCUACCUCUCGCCCUUCCCUGCCGCACCGCCUCCUCGUUCUGUACCGGCACUCAGACCCGCGGAGGGUCGGCAGCGUGUCUGGGAGGUGCAGAAGGACUUGGAGGGGGAAGCCGCCGCCACCGCUAGUGGUUUUUGUUGGACCUCCACCUACUUU